AUAAUGUAAUAUAAGAGAUGAAGAGGAGAGUUUGAAAAGUUCUAGAUCAAUCGUUUUCCGAUGGAAGAGGCGAAAGCAGCGGGUGCGGGUCAGCAGCAGCAACAAAUUCAACAGCAGCAGCAUCAGCAUCUCAUGUUACAGCAGCAGCAACAGCAGCAGCAGCAAAUGGUGUUGUUGCAGCAACAAAUUCAACAGCAGCAGAAGAAGCAACAAGCCAUUUCUCGUUUCCCUUCCAACAUCGACGCUCAUUUGCGAUCUGCUUCAUCGUUCCGUACUCCUCCUCCCCCUGGUGCCAAUUCUGCUCAAUCGCUUAUUCCAAUUGGGAACCCUAACCCUAACCCUAGUUCCAAUCUCAAUCCCAACCCGAAUGCUGCUGCUAAUCAUCCUAAUCAGAACGCUGGUUCCUCCCAGCAGCAGCAGCAGCUGAAUCGAACGGCUCCUCCCCCUUCUGCGGAGCUGCAAAUGGCGUAUCAGGAUCUCUGGCGGGUCUGUCAUCCUGAUCACAAACGCCCCUUUUCUUCUCUUGAAGACGCGUGUCACAGGCUGCUACCAUACCAUGUCGUAGCGGACUAUGAAGCAGAGGAAGAUGACAGAAUCCUUGAUUCUGAUACUACAGGUCAGAUGCUGUCUCGCUCCCAGCAGUGGGACCACAAUAUUGCUGCCAAAGUUUCAGAAUUUGUUGGGACUUUUGAGAAACAGGUGUAUGCCUUCAAUAUAAUUACUCGUAAACGUGCUCUUGGGGAAUUUCGAUCAGAGGAAAGAUUGAUGCUCGAGCAAAUCCUCUUACAGGAAGAAAGACGAGCCCUGGUUGAGGCGAGAGCUGAACUGGAUUCGAGGCAGAAGGCAGGUCGGGAGGCUCAUGAGGCUAGUUUAAGAAUGGCAGCCAUGGCUCAUGCGGAGCAAGCUCGUGCAGAGUCACAAGCUCAUGCGGAAAUGAUGGCUCGAGGUCCAAUAAGACCAAAUGCACUUGGGUCCCAAGGGAGUAAUAUUCAAAUUGGUCAUAGCAUGGCUGACCAAGAGCAAGAAGAUAACCCAGAAGAGACGAUCAAUGGCUGGGCAAACAAUGCUCAAAGAGAUGAAAAAGAACCUUCGGAAGACUUUCUAAAUGAUGAAGAGACAGAAAACGGGGAUGGUGGUAUGGGAGAGUUUGAUUUGAACACCAGGUGAGCUAUCUGGACUGGACAGAGACAAUCAUGUAACAGCUGUCUUAUUUCAUAAGACUUAGUUCUAGAGUAAGGGCCAGGAAACAGGCUGAUCUAUAUACAUUGCAAAGACGAUUGGUAGAUCUUUUGGCCUGUGUAGUGGCUGAGCCUAGAAAACUUGCUUCCUGAAUCUUAAUAUGUACUUAUUGUCGUCUGAGAUGCUGAACAUGUUUUAACUUUGGAGUUCAUGUUAAGGAGGUUAAAUAAAACUGUUGAACUUCUAUUAA